AUGAUUGAUUGCAAGAAGGAAGAGCCGAAGCUCGUUGUCAAAUUGGAACCCUCCACCCACAAGCUUAGCACGGAUAUCUCGACUUCCCGCGUGUCAGAGGACAAAAUUCAGCCGGAUUCUCAGGAAGGCGACCCGGCUUCCAAGAGGCGAAAACUUUCAGAAAAGCAUGCAUCCCUCGCGUUAUGGGUGUAUGAGCAAGAGGUUUUCGUAGAGGGUCUUGACAUCGAGCAAAGCGUCAAUCACACCGCUCCCGAUGCCGAUAAUUCCAAUGGGGGUGUCACUAGAGAUGAAGCUCAACAAGACAACGACAAUAUUUGCUUCAAAAUUGAGCAGGCAACCACCGACGAGGGUCUCAAACAAGAGGCAGGCACACAGGAAACCAUUGCUCCGCCGUCGUCUACAACCACAAUCCACGAGCUAGAGAAAUGGUACCUGGACCCAACAUACAACUUCGCUGAUCAUGAUUUUGCAAUGUCUCCUCUACUGGAUCUUUACCUGCUUUCGAAGCAGCUUGAGAUGCCGAAGCUGGCUGUUGAUGUCAUCCUGGAAUGGCAGAGAUUCUCACAUCGACUCGAUAUGUUUACCGACCAGCAUGUCAUCACUCAAGCUCUCAAGACUCUUGAUGCAGAGGAUCCUCUGUAUCGAUACUGGGUUGCUGACUUUGCACACUCUUGCGGAUUUCAAAGAUCUGAGAGACACUACCACGACGACUUUCCGAGCAGCUUCCUACUAAAUCGCGAGCAGAAGCACUUGAUGCCGAAAAAGACCGGCAAGCACGCCGACAAAACAGCAUAA